AUGUAUGUCCUGAUUUAUGUGGAUGACAUCCUUGUAACUGGUUCAAGCAAGGCUGCCAUUGACUCGUUUAUUUUGUCUCUUAAAGAAUCAUUUCUUGUUAAAGAUUUGGGUGAACUCAGCUUCUUCCUAGGUGUCCAGGCAACCCGUGACAAACAUGGUCUACACCUUCGUCAAACAAGAUAUAUCACGGAUUUACUUGAAAGCACCAAAAUGGGUGGUGCUAAACCUCUAAAUUGUCCAACUACAUCAGGGCCCAAACUUUCAUCAGAAGAGGGUAAUCUCUUGUUGGAUCCAACUGAAUGCCGUCGUGUAAUUGGAGCUAUUCAGUAUUGUACAAUAUCACGCCCUGAUAUUGCAUAUGCUGUAAAUCAGCUGUGCCAGUUCAUGCACAGCCCCCGUGAGCCCCAUUGGAUUGCUGCAAAACGUGUGCUCCGUUACCUUAAAGGUACAAUUGAUUACAGUCUUUAUUAUUCUGCUGGUGAUAUUAAUCUCAAUGCUUAUUGUGACUCUGAUUGGGCGGGCAAUCCGGAUGACCGACGAAGCACAACUGGUUAUGGGAUAUUUCUUGGACCCAAUCUCAUCACUUGGACAGCAAAGAAGCAGCCAUUGUCUCCAAAAGUAGCACCAAAGCCGAGUACCGCAGCAUUGCCAUUGCAACUGCUGACCUGUAUUGGAUUCGGAUGCUAA